AUGUAUCGCGUCAUCGAAGAGGAAAAGCUUUCUCGCCCUGAGCAACUUAUUGAAAUUGUCCCCCCUUAUGAUGAUCCUCGUAUCAUCUCCGGACAGGGAACUAUGGCAGUCGAAUUUUUGGAGCAGGCGGAGCAGAUUGGCCGACCUCUGGAUGUGAUCAUAACACCAGUUGGGGGUGGAGGAAUGUUAUCAGGGUGUUCGCUUGCUGCCACGGGUUUAAAGCCCGGGAUCAAGGUAGUGGGAGCAGAGCCAGCUGGGUCUGGGGAUGCCUAUGAAUCAUUCAAGACUAAAACUUGGGUCCCUUCGGUCAACCCUCAAACGUUUUGUGAUGGCCUGUUGACCUCCACUGGGAAGCUAACCUUUCCUAUUAUCUUGGACCAUGUUGAUGCGAUAUGCAUGGCCACAGAGGAACAAAUCGCUCGUGCGAUGAAAUUCGUCUGGGAGCGUAUGAAACUAGUUAUUGAACCCUCCGCUGCAGUCCCCUUGGCGGUUGUUUUCUAUUCCCCAGAAUUCCACGAAGCGGCUGCUCGCUGGUCGGCCGACAAGCAAGCAGGACUAAAUAUCGGAAUUGUCAUCAGUGGUGGCAAUGUUAACAUGCAGGCCGCCCUGAACAUUAUCAAUUCGGUUUCCGAGAAAUGA